AUGGCUCUGACUGUGCGUGUGCGGCGACUGACGGGGCUGCCGGGAACUCAUGACCGACAACUGUUCCGUUGGCCACACUAUGGGGCUCCGCUGGCUGGGGAGUGUCUGUCUGUGCAGGUGGUCAACUGCAGCCGUGUGUUCAGCUCCAGGUCUCUGGGGACCCUGGUGAUUUCCUUACAGCAGCUACAGAUCACUGGGCAUUUGGUGCUGCAGGAGGCCCUAGUGGAUAAGAAUCUGCAAGUGUCCCCGAUCCAGGUGGAGCUUGACCUGAAGUACCAGCCCCCUGAGGGUGCAACAGGAGCCUGGGCAGAGGAAGACUUUGGGGCACCCACUCAGGACAGCUCAGAGCUGGUCAUCCCCAAUGUGGGUUUCCAGGAGCUAGAGCCUGGGGAGGCCCGGCUGGAGCGGCAGGCCGUGGCAUUGGGCUGCAGGCUAGCUCGAGGCCUAGCUCAGCAGGACGAUGAGGACAAUGAGCUGGAGCUGGAGCUGGAGCUGGAAGAUGAGCCUGAUGUGGAGCUUUCUGGCAUCGUGUUCAGUCCCCUCAAGAGCCGAGCCCGGGGCCUAUCCCGAAGGGAUCCCUUCCAGGUGCCCAGGGCCCAGGACUUCCAGGUGGGGGUCACUGUGCUGGAGGCCCAGAAGCUGGUGGGAGUCAACAUUAACCCCUAUGUGGCUGUGCGUGUUGGGGAGCAGUGCCGAGUGACCGCUACACAGCGCGGGACAAAUUGCCCUUUCUACAAUGAGUACUUCUUGUUCGAAUUUCAUGAGACCCGACUUCACCUCCAAGAUUUGCUGCUGGAGAUUACGGCUUUCCAUUCGCAGACCCUCCCCUUUAUGGCCACCCGAAUCGGCACCUUCAGGAUGGACUUGGGCAUUAUCUUCGAUCAGCCAGAUGGCCACUUCUACCAGAAAUGGGCUCCGCUGUAUGACCCGCGGGACACUCGCGCCGGGACCAAAGGCUUCGUCAAGGUCACGCUGUCCUUGAGGGCGCGCGGUGAUCUGCCUCCUCCGCCGCCACCCCUGGGCCCCGGGCACAGUUCAGACAUCGAGAAGAACCUGCUGCUGCCGCGCCGGCCGCUGACGCGCGGCCUUCGUUUGCAGCUGCGGGAUGACGCGCCCCUGGUGGACGUGGCCCUCGCCACGCACGUGCUGGACCUGAAGCAGAUCUCACACGCGGGCCGCGCGGCGGGGUUUAACCCCACCUUCGGUCCAGCCUGGGUGCCUCUGUACGGCUCGCCCCCGACUGGGGGAAUCCGGGAUGGUCUUCAAAAUCUCAACGAAGGCCUGGGCGAAGGCAUUUGGUUCCGGGGCCGCCUGCUGGUGGCUGUGUCCAUGGAGGUGUUGGAAGGGAGAACUGAACCCGAGCCUCUCCAGGCCCCACAGGGGUCCAGGUUGUCCAAGCUCAUGGGAAAGAAGAAGAAAGCCAGGCGGGGCCAGACCCCAGUGAGGAUUCAGCAGCAUCUGGAUGCCAGCGCCAGUGCCGGCGGGCCUGAGAUUCCUAGUGCGAUGGAGGUGGAAGUAGAGGAAUUGCUGCCACUGCCGGAGAAUGCCCUGGCGCCCUGUGAAGAUUUUCUGCUUUUUGGUGUGCUCUUCGAGGCCACCAUGAUUGACCCUGCCAUGGCCUCCCAGCCCAUUGUCUUCGAGAUCUCCAUUGGUCCUGCAGGCCGGGAGGAGCAAUUGGGCCAAGGGCCCAGGACCCGGGAGGGAAUGGAGGGCGGGGAGGAGGAGGCGCAGCCGUUGCUGGAGUCUGAGGUGGGAGUCAGGCUGGUGGAGGAGGAGGAGCUGGGGACCCCUGCUCAGCGGCCUGAACCCAUGGAUGGCAGCGGGCCAUACCUAUGCCUGCCCCUGCAUCACCGCAAACCGUGCGUGCGUGUGUGGAGCCGCUGGGAGAACCACACAUGGCGCCUGCACAGCAGUAACUGUGUGCGGAAAGUGGCAGAGAGGCUGGACCAGGGGCUCCAGGAGGUUGAGAGUCUGCAGCGCAGGCCAGGCUCUGGCACCUGCACACGACUCAAGCAGGCGCUGGAAGAGCUGGUGGCUGGGAGCAGACAGUUUUGCCACAGUGCCGAGCGCAGGACAAUGACCCGGCCCAACGCCCUGGACAGAUGCCGAGGAAAGCUACUGGUGCAUAGCCUGAACCUGUUAGCCAAGCAAGGACUGCGCCUUCUACGGGGCCUGAGACAGGGCAACGUGCAAGAGAAGGUGACAUUGUCCAAGAAACUCCUGGCAAAACUGCGCUUCCUGGCCCAAGAGCCCCAGCCACCCAUCCCUGACGUGCUGGUCUGGAUGCUCAGUGGGCGGCGCCGUGUGGCCUACGCCCGGAUCCCAGCCCAGGAUGUGCUGUUCUCUGUGGUUGAGGAGGAACGAGGCCAGCACUGUGGGAAGAUCCAGAGUUUGCUGCUCACAGCACCUGGGGCAGCCCCUGGUGAGGUGUGUGCCAAGCUGGAGCUCUUCCUGUGGCUGGGGCUGGGCAAGCAAGCCAAGGCCUGCACCUCAGCGCUCCCCCAGGACCUGCUGCCUGAGCCCUCAGCAGGGCUGCCUCGCAGCCUGCACCGGGAUGACUUCAGCUACUUCCAGCUCCGGGCUCACCUGUACCAGGCCCGAGGUGUGCUGGCAGCAGAUGACAGUGGGCUCUCGGACCCCUUUGCUCGAGUCCUCAUUUCUACACAGUGCCAGACCACACGGGUCCUGGAGCAGACGCUGAGCCCCCUGUGGGAUGAGCUUCUGGUGUUUGAUCAGUUGAUCGUGGACGGGAGGAGGGAGCACCUGCAGCAGGAGCCUCCAUUAGUGAUCAUCAAUGUCUUUGACCACAACAAGUUUGGCCCCGCUGUGUUCCUGGGCAGGGCACUGGCUGCCCCGAGCGUAAAGCUGAUGGAGGACCCUUACCAACGCCCUGAGCUGCAGUUCUUCCCCCUGAGGAAGGGGCCCCGGGCAGCCGGAGAGCUCAUCGCCACCUUUGAACUCAUUGAACUGGACUAUAGUGGCCGGCUGGAGCCCUCAGUGCCCAGUGAUGUGGAGCCACAGGACCUGACACCCCUGGUUGAGCCCCUCUCUGGACGCCUAUCCCUGCCACCCAAUGUGCGCCCGGUGCUCAGGGAGUUCCGUGUUGAGGUGCUGUUCUGGGGUCUAAGGGACCUCGGCCGUGUGCAUCUGUUCAAGGUGGAGCAGCCCCAGGUUGUGCUGGAGGUGGCCGGGCGACGUGUGGAGUCUGAGGUCCUGGCCAGUUACCAUGGGAACCCCAAUUUCACCGAGCUCGUCAGGCAUCUGACAGUGGACUUGCCAGAGAGGCCUUACCUGCAGCCUCCCCUCAGCAUCCUAGUAAUUGAACACCGGGCCUUUGGCCGUACAGUGCUCGUGGGUUCCCACAUUGUUUCCCACAUGAUGCGAUUCAUACUCCGGGGUCAUGAGGAUCCCCCAGAGGAGGAAGGAGACGAGGAGACAGGGGUCUUGGUGCCCAAGGAACAGGAAGGACAGAUGUCCCUGGAUCCCUUAUUGGUUGAAGCCAGGAUACCCAGGCGGCUUCUGAAGGAUCCUCUGAAGAAGCUCCCUCUUAGUGGCCUUCUGAAUCAAGGCCCAGAGCUGGAGGAGGACAUCCCAGAUCCUGAAGAGCUCGACUGGUGGUCCAAGUACUACGCUUCGCUGCAGGAGCUCCAGGGGCAGCCCAACUUUGAUGAAGAUGAAGUGGAUGAUCCUGGGGAUUCAGACGGGGUCAACUUCACUUCCAUGGAUGGGGAAGCCCAAGACCAGGGUGAGGCUGAAGUCAAAGACUCCGUGUCCCUGAAAAAAGCAGUCGCCACUCUGAAGAUCUACAACAGGUCCCUGGAGGAAGAGUUUGACCACUUUGAAGACUGGCUGAAUGUGUUUCCCCUGUAUCGAGGGCAAGGGGGUCAGGAUGGAGAUGGAGAGGAAGAAGGGUCUGGGCACCUUGUGGGCAAGUUUAAGGGCUCCUUCCUCAUUUAUCCUGAAUCAGAGGCCAUGCCAUUUUUUGAGCCCAAAAUCUCCCGGGGAAUCCCACAAAACCGGCCCAUCAAGCUCUUGGUCAGAGUAUAUGUCAUAAAGGCUACCAACCUGGCUCCUGCGGACCCCAAUGGCAAAGCAGACCCCUAUGUGGUGGUGAGCGCUGGCCGGGAGCGGCAGGACACCAAGAAGCGCUACAUCCCCAAGCAACUGAACCCCAUCUUUGGAGAGGUCCUGGAGCUCAGCCUCUCUCUCCCUGCUGAGCCGGAGCUGACUGUGGCUGUGUUUGAUCAUGACCUCGUGGGUUCUGACGACCUCAUCGGGGAGACCCACAUUGACCUAGAAAACCGAUUCUACAGCCACCACAGGGCGAACUGUGGGCUGGCCUCCCAGUAUGACGUGGAUGGGUACAAUGCCUGGCGUGAUGCAUUCCGGCCUUCACAGAUCCUGGCGGGGCUGUGCCAACGCUGUGGCCUCCCUGCGCCUGAAUACCGAGCUGGGGCUGUCAAGGUGGGCAGCAAAGUCUUUCCAACACCGCCUGAGACCCUGCCCACAGGUAGACGAGGACCUACCGUGGCAAGUGAGGUCCUUGAGGAGGCCCAGGCAUUGUUUGUGCUGCGGUGCUGGCAGGAGAUGCCAGGUCUUGGGAUCCAGCUGGUACCUGAGCACGUAGAAACACGGCCCCUCUACCAUCCCCGCAGCCCGGGGCUGCUGCAGGGAUCCCUUCACAUGUGGAUUGACAUCUUCCCCCGUAAUGUGCCUGCACCACCCCCAGUUGACAUCAAGCCUCGGCAGCCAAUCAGUUAUGAGCUCAGAGUCAUCAUCUGGAACACGGAGGAUGUGGUUCUGGAUGACGUGAACCCACUCACUGGAGAGAUGUCCAGUGACAUCUACGUGAAAAGCUGGGUGAAGGGGCUGGAGCAGGACAAGCAGGAGACAGACGUGCACUUCAACUCUCUGACUGGGGAGGGAAACUUCAACUGGCGCUUCGUGUUCCGCUUUGACUACCUGCCCACGGAGCGGGAGGUGAGCGUCCGGCGACGGCCUGGACCCUUCGCCCUGGAAGAGGCUGAGUUCCGGCAGCCGGCAGUGCUGGUCCUGCAGGUCUGGGACUAUGACCGCAUCUCCACCAAUGACUUCCUCGGAUCCCUGGAGCUGCAGCUGCCAGACAUGGUGCGGGGAGCCCGGGGCCCAGAGCUCUGCUCUGUGCGGCUGGCCCGAGAUGGGGCUGGGCCCAGGUGCAAUCUGUUCCGCUGCCGCCGUUUGCGGGGCUGGUGGCCUGUGGUGAAGCUUCGGGAGCCAGAGGAUGAGGAGCGGGAGCAGCGGGAGGCCCAGGCUGGCAGGAAGAGGCGGAGGAGGAGGAAGGGCCGGCCAGAGGACUUAGAGUUUGCAGACCCCGGAGGCAACGUCUACAUCCUCAGGGGAAAGGUGGAGGCAGAGUUUGAGCUGCUGACGGUGGAGGAGGCGGAGAAACGGCCAGUGGGGAUGGGGCGGAAGGAGCCUGAGCCCUUGGAGAAGCCCAACCGUCCCAAAACCUCCUUCAACUGGUUUGUGAACCCGCUGAAGACCUUCGUCUUCUUCAUCUGGCGCCGGUACUGGCGCAUCCUGGUGCUCCUGGUGCUGCUGGCGUUGAUCAUUAUCUUCCUCCUCCUCGUCUUCUACAGCAUGCCGGGCCAGAUCAGCCAGGUCAUCUUCCAGCCACUCCACCGCUCCCCGGGCCCUAACUGACCUUGGACACUCAUCCCCUCACACCCACCCCUCCACUCCUACUCCCGGAAGUCCUUCCCACCAAUAUGAGUUACUCGAGUUCACUGCUUUCUUUGAAUAAACCUUCACUCACAUCCACUCUGAUGCCUGAGAAUGUGCAGAACACAGGGGCAGAGAAUAGAGAUGUUCUUGGGUGACCUCAGAUGCUGGGGACUCACUGGGAAAAUGAAUACACAGGGUGGAAAGUUGACCACAUGGCCCCACCACCGGGAAGAAUAGGACCUGGCAGGAGGUUCAGGGCUGAGAAGGCCUGCUUGGCGAGGUGUCAUACCCUCUGAGAGCCCACCGGUUGCUCCUGCCAAUGGCUGGGUCCUUCUCACCUAAUCUGCUUAUAACAGCUAAGCACUUCACAGACUUCAAUGACUUACAUAUUCUUCACCAACUCUGAGGGUAGCCAUAUCAGUUAAGGACACUUCCGGCUGCAAGUAACAGCAAUCCCAACCCAAACUGGCUUGAAUGACUAUAGUCCCAGGUUUCACUGGCUGGCUUUGGGUGCAGCUUGUCACAGGGCUCAAAUGAUGUCACCAAGACUGUUUCUCUGCCUCUAGGCUCAGCUCUGCUAUCCUCUGGGGGCAGCUCAUUCACCAAUAGGGUCUCCCCUUGGAACUGCAGGAUGGCUGCAGCAACCUCACGUGUCCCCAUAUUCAUAGUCCUGACAGCCUGGCUCGUACUGUGUCACCGUGACCAGGGGAUAGGAUGUGCUGAUGGAACCCUCCCCUGGAGCUCAGGGUGGGAGAUUGAUCCUCUUCCCAAACCUCUGGCUGAGAGGAUGGAAGGGGCUUCCCAGAGGAAAUGCAAAAUACUGUUAACAAAUGGGGAUGGUUCCUGGGUGGUCAAAAACAAGGCUCUCUACAGCCAUCACCCAGAAUAUAUAGAUGAGACUGGUGCCCAUAGAUCAAUAACAUGCCCAACAUCUCAGAUUGUAAUUGAUCACAUCAGAGCUGGAGCUCAGGUCUGUCUGCCUCCAGGGGUUUUGCUAUCACCACCCUAGUUUGCUUUCUGUCCUCUCUUCGCUUCUCCCCCUCUACUGUCUUAUACUGAAACCCCGAGACAUGACGGGAUGAACUGACCAGCUUCAGGUUUCUGGGAGUGGUGAGUUCUCAGGGCCUGGUUCUACAUUGGGAAGCUCUAAUGGGAAGCCCUCACUAAGGCCAGAGCUCGGAUCUGAUGCUAGCUCUGCUGCAGAAUGACUACUGCUACCUUCCUUUCCUGUUCUUCAGUUCUGCCCCCACCUAGGAGACUGCACAG